AGUGACGUCAUAAAGACGCGCCGCUAUUUUUCAUGAAAACAAGGAUCCCCAUCGAUGCGAGAGAUCAUGGAUGCGAGUGAUCUCAAUCUUGUCAAGGUGCAUGGGGGAGGAGGGUAUGACUCCGAUUUCAGCGAUGACGAGAACACGGGAGGGACAUCCCAACAUGGAAAGAAACGGAGACACGAUGAGUUGCUGCAGAAGCCGUUCCAGCAGGGCAAGCACACAAAGGUGGCCCACAAGAGCUUGGCUGCUGAAGAAUGGGACAGGGAGGAAGCCAGGAACAGACGCCAUCACCUGAUUUCGAUGAAUGCCUUUGAGAGACACAAGAAGUUUGUCGGUGACUAUAUAAUGUAUUAUGGUGGCAAGAUGACGGACUUCAAGCGCUCUGUGGUCAAUGACAAGACAGACUUCGAUGUCGUCAGAGAGAACCAUCGAUUUCUCUGGAGGGAAGAAGACCACGAGGACAUGACAUGGGAGAAAGAUCUGGCAAAAAAGUACUACGAUAAGCUGUUUAAGGAGUACUGUAUAUCUGACCUUAGCAGAUACAAGGAAAACAAGUUUGGCUUCCGGUGGAGGACGGAAAACGAAGUCGUCUCAGGAAAAGGCCAGUUCUUCUGUGGGAACAAACGCUGUGAACAGAAGGAAGGCCUGAAAAGCUGGGAGGUGAACUUUGCCUAUGUGGAGCAGGGGGAGAAGAGGAACGCGCUUGUGAAACUGAGACUUUGCCCCGAGUGCUCCUACAAACUUAACUAUCAUCACAAGAGAAAGGAAUUCAAAGCUAAAAAGAGGAUUAAAGCCGAAGUGAAGGGGGAGUCGAAAACUGCCAAAUCAUCCCGGCAGAAGAAGCGCAGGAGGAAGAGCAAAGAACAUUCUACCACCACAAGCUCAGAGGACUCUGAAGAUUCCAACAAAGACCCAGCGUCUAGUGAGGAGGUGGAGGCUGAGGAAGAUGAAGCCUCUUCAGAGACAGACCACUGGAAGGGUCCAGCGCCCAGCAUAGAGGAGAAGUCGAGGGAGGAGGAAUUCGAUGACUACUUUGAGGACAUGUUCCUUUGAAGUCCUUUUGAAGUAUUUUUGUGGAGAGCAAACUUCAGAUUUUGUUCUGCAUUUUUAUGCUUGUACACAAGACACUGUAUAUAAUGUCCAUUGUGUUAUUAAUCACCAGCAUCACCAAAUGAAAAUUUGCUGUCCAGGAAUGAAAUAACACCUUAAUCUGCUCCUUUUCCCUCUAGAUAUGCAGUAACGUGGCUUCUCCGUCACUAGCUCGUAGAAGUGGAGGUUGUUUCUUUUUACGCUCUUCUUAGCUUGAGCUCUCUGGAAAUUGCUGGAGUUUCAGGCGGAGGAGGGCGAGCAGGAGGUUAAGAGCCAUCCAUCUUGGCUGAAACAACUUGCCUCCAAAGCCAAAGCUAACAGGAACCCCUGUCGUAAAACAUAAUAAAACAUUCUCCACUAAUUUGACUUGUGCUGGAAAUAUCCAGUUUUCCAAUUGGUCUUGGCAGAUUGCCGCAUUCCUCAGGCAGAAUCACGUUGCUCAGUUCACAAAGUUAUAUAAAUGCAGUUAUAUAAAUAUGCGUGCAUACACGUCUGUGAAGCUGUGUGUGCGUAUUAGUGUGAGGUGUAGUCUUUCGGGAAUUGGCAUGUUUUUGGCCGAGUUUUAUGAGCUUGCAUAAAGAAUGCCUGAACAGUCCGGCCCCAGACAAAAUAAGGAAGAGCAUCUUAAUCACUCGUGAAGUCUUUGGACAAAGUCUGCUCACAAACUGAGCACAUGUCCCGCCCACUCACACUAGGCUCCGCCCAGUUCACCUCAGAUGCUGUUAGUUUCCCAGUAAGUGUAAGGAAAUGAGUUGCCUGUGGACCCAGCCAAGGCUGUGAUACAAUUACCUGUCAGUACAGGAAGCCGCUACAGACUAACUGAAGUAUCCCUUCCAGCAGCAGAAAGGCAUGGAGAUCAGCAGAACAUCCAACAGUGAUGCUACUUUUGCUGUGUCAGGAUGGAGGCCGUUAAUGCCCGAGAACCUGACAGCACUGCAAUGUUUAAGAUGCAGUACUUAGCUCUUCUAGUCAUACCUGAAUGACAUGAUGGAAUAGAUUGUCCAUUUCCCUCAGAGUUAUACAACUACUGGCCCAUGGCCAAGAUGACAUUUAAGUAAAAUUUUUAAAUUAAGUAAAAAAAUUUUGCAGGAUUGUUUUUGGUCAGGACAAGAGUUAGUGCUUAAAUGUAUCAUAGUCCGAAAGAAUUAUAUAACGGAAACUAGGCCCAUUAAUCAAUAAAUACAUUUUGUGUUCCGGAACAUUAUUAAUUUCUUUUAUAUAACAUCUAUUUUGCUCUUCUGUUCAUUUAACUGUUUCAUUGCCCCAGUGAUGUAUAUGGACCAGCAGUGUGUGGCCCUUAACCCCCAGCUCCCUGGGUGCCCCAACAGGUGGCUGCCCUUUGUGGGCAGCUUGCUCUACAAAGAGCAAGUUGAGGGAGGUGGACGAUAUCCACGGGGACAAUAAAGGAUUGAUUAUUAUUAAACAAGAGUGAAUUAGGUCAGUGAUUCCUGACCUAGUCCUUGGGGUCUCCUAGACAGUCCACGCUUUUGGAGCUGGUCUGAGUGUUCCUGAGGACCGGGUUGGGAAACACUGAAUUUGGUGUCUAGGGUAUGUGAGCACUGGAUGAGUCCAGUCCAGUGCCAGUGGCAGAGAGCAGCCAGUUAUGGAAGAAGAUCUGCCCUGCUAAGAUACCAGAGGUGUGUAGUUUGUUUCAACCAACCAGUUGAGUACUCUGUGAAUGUGACUCUUUAUACUCAACUGGUUGGUUGAAACAAAAUCCUGGUCUGGGUUUGUACUUUCUGGACUCGUGUCUCUUUCCCCUGCCUGAUCUUCUUUGCCCUUUUUGAUCCAGCUUUAACAGGUAAUCCAUUCACCACGAAAAGGCCACCAGGGGGCCACAUUCUUACUGCUGGAUCUCCCGUUAACCCCUACGGCUGUUGUGUAACAGGCAGACCUCAGCACAGCGCUCUGUUUAAUGGCGUGACACCACCAUUGAAGGUGGAGAAAGAUGCCCGGAGGCCUCUGGGUGCCACACAGGUGGCAGAGAUGGGCAAGCGUCUUCAACAAGACCUUUAUUUGAUCCAUUAUUCGGUUUACAUUUUAUGACAGAAACCCAUACAUAUUUUACAAGCCACAGAACAGCAAAUUCUCUACAGUGUACAAGCAUAUAUUGAUGCACACACAUGUUUUUGUAUGUGUGUGUGUGUUGGUGUGUAUAUCAAUACACAAGCAUGUUAAAAUUAUUGCUGAACAAUAAAUCGGAUGACAGCCCGCAAAAUGUACGCUUA